AUGGCUCUUAAGGCAGAAGGAAGGUCUUCCAUCUGGCCCGGUCCGCUGCCAUCUUUGAUUACCCACCGUGACCUGGCGUGUAGGAACAUCGUCCUGUCCUCCCCUGACGGACAUACCGGCCGUCUGGUCGCUAAAAUCUCCGAUUUCGGACUGGCCCGUGACGUGUACGUGACGACACAGUACAUGAGACACCCUCUGACCAACAUGCUGCUUCCAAUAAAGUGGAUGGCAAUAGAGUCUCUGAUCGAGGGUGUUUACAGCUGCAAGAGUGACAUGUGGGGGUUCGGCGUCGUGCUGUGGGAGAUAGCAACUCUGGGGGGAACACCUUAUCCCGAGGUCUGUGGGUACGAGACUCUGGUGACGAGACUCCGCCGAGGGUACCGCCUGCAGAAACCGAGCGGCUGUUCCGAUGAGCUGUACAAACUGAUGAACCUCUGCUGGCAGGAUGACCCGGAUGUAAGGCCCACGCCUGACGUGGUUGAGGAGAAAUUGGAGCAGCUGCUGCAGCAGGACCAGGUAGGAAACACCCUGCGGGGUCGUGUGGUGUAA